UAAUAAUAACUGAAAUUAAGGUGUAAGAUGGUGUGGGUGUAGAACAGCCCUACACGUUAGCGCCAAAAGCUUCAAUAGAUGCGCUGUCAUAAAAGUCAACUGGAAUUCUGUUUCAAAAAUUUCGUUUUCAUUUGGCCUCAUCUGCAACAGAACUUUUGAUACAUUUACGGAGAUGUUCAAGGAAAUUCUAAUCGUCAACAAAUUUCUGUGCUUUAGCCUUGAAACAGGAGUUUUGGCCAUAAGUUGGUUCCUAUUGUGUGUAUUCAUCAUCGUUGAGCUUAUUAUCAACUAUAGUCUGGUACAAACACUAAUCAGGUGUGAGAAUUGGAAGAACACCGCUACGCACAAUGACACGGACCUCAUCAAAGACCUAACUGAUACGUCUGAUACGAAUUGUUUUGAGACCAGUUCGACUGUCCUUGUUGCUCUAUUAGCACUACUUCUAUUAGCUUUGGUAGUUUUCUGCUUGCUUUGCAUCAAGGGAACAAAAGAGCGAAAUCAUCGACUCAUCAAACCAUUAAUGAUCUGGGAAGGAAUCCUAACUGUAACUUCGGUCAUUUCGAUUGUGAGCAAUCCCCUGAAUGGAAUUGUUAUGUCUAUACUGAACGCCUACAUGUUCGUUACACUCUAUUCGCUCUAUUUAAAAUUAAAGGCUGAGCAUGAAGGUGAUGGUGAAGUGGUUGAAAUGCCGGAGUUAGAUUUAAAGGAAAAAGUUUAGUGAACCGAGUUUACAAUGAAAUGGAAUUGUUUUUACGCUUUUAUCGAAUAAAAAAUGUGUACAAAU